CCGAGAAAUGCUGUACAUGUCGGAAAUACAAAUACUGUGUGUAGCCAAUAGACUAACGUCCUUCUCUUCCUCUUUACAUUCACCAUAGUAAAGCACACAGAGAGAAAGAGAGCAUGUACCGUACGAUCUGAAAUUUGAUUGGUUACUGUUCUUCAAGUGUGGACGAUUGUACAAAGAGUGAGAGAAAGAGAGGGUCGAAGUUCCUUUUUUAUAGUGCUUUUCUUCCUUUUGUUGCUUUUACUACCUUUUUCCUCUUUUUGCUUGCUUCCUAAUGGACAAAACGGUGAAUGCUUCACCGCUCGACGCUUUACCUCCUCAGGAAGCAGUUAAGGAUAUUGCAGGCGUAUAUUCUAGACUCCAAGCUGUUAUCGAGAAGAAGGUUCAAAAUGAUCCCAUGAACCCUGAAGCAAAGUAUAUUCCUUUACCACCCUCUCUUCCCAUGUCACCGAGUUCCUCGUCACCAACUCCAUUACGCACCACUCCUCCUAUUUCUCCCGGGACAAACAACAUUAGCCCUAUUCAUAGUAGAAACAGAUUGUCGACGCCUCGGUCAUCGUCGUCCAGCGAAAAGAACAGCAACAGUAACGACGACAAAGACGAAAACGAUAACGACAACGACGACAAGGCUCCGUGUUCCUGCCAGGACAUUUUGGCCUCUAAAGAAUCGACGACCUGUACCCUGUGUAAUCGUGACAUUCCGGUUAUGAAAGCAUUGCACAAAGAACGAGAAUCACACAAACAAGAGAUUCAAGACCUCGAGCAACGAGUGCAGGAAGAACAAACCAGGAUUGCUCGACAGCUAGAGGAAAUCGAAGCACUCCAGACUGCAGUCAGCGAAGUCGGAAAAAAGCUGGAUAUAAAGGAGGGCGAAUUCCAGGCCUUGCAAAGCGACAUGGAAAUGCUCAACGACAAGUACGUCGACGAAAUCGAGCGCGUGGCCGAGAUACAGCAUUCAAAAGAUAUGGUCGAGAAUGAAUUGGAAGACUUAUCUCGACGACUGUUUGAAGAGGCGAACGGCAUGGUCGCCAAUGAAAAGCGCGAAAAACACAACUUGGAAAUUGCCCAGAAGCAUCUGGAAAAGCAGCUAACAGAAACGCAAGAACGACUGGCUGCAGAACAGAUGCAACUAAAAGAACUGCGUCUGAAGAUGGAAGAAAUGGCACAGGAGCAACAACAACAACUACAACUACAACAGCAACGGCAAUCAUCGUCGUCUGUGGCAACGAGUGCUAGAAACAGCUUAACGGCAGCCGAUGCAGAGUCAACGUACAGCAAUCAAACUGAUCCAGAACACCGAGCCGCUCGAGACCUAGCAGCCAUCCUUCCAUCCAACAACAACAACAACAACAGUAGUAAUGAUAAUAUUAGCAAUAACAGCAACACGCAUAUCGUCACCCCAUCACCUCCACUCUCCUCGAUACCCAGCACGGUCGACCAGAUGCUGCUUAAUGAAUUCGAGGAAUUCGUCAAGUUCAGCGCGUCUGUGCCCCUGAAAAAGCUUCAAACGAUCUCCUUUCUAAAAUUUUGCCAGGCAGAAGACGUCGAGCCUUGCUUGCGCUUUGGUGCCAACGCGCGAUUGUCUGCGCGCAAAAUUGCAGAGGCCAUUGUCAUGAACACUUGUUUCAUUGAAGAAACGCCGCCUGGAUUUGCUGAAGAGCAAGCUCAAAGACCACCUGAUAUGCCAUUACGGAUAUCCGCCUCCAAGGUGCUUCUAUGGGAGCGUAUUAGCAAUGGAGGAAACACUCAAAACUUUAUUGGCGCCUGCCAGGCGUGUGGACGACAAGAUCAAUACCCGUUACCGUACCGGUUCCGUACAUCCUACUUCGACGAUUGGGCGUGCAUCGAUCGCUUCUGUCGCGACCGACUUGUGGCCGUCUGUGAGUUUUAUGUGUUUAUUCGAAACGUUCGCCAAGGAUACUACAGUAGUCGCAGUGUUCACGACCUUUAUCGGGAAGCAAUGCGUCUACGUUUGCAAAUGUUCUAUGCCCGAAUGGGGGCGUUGCCAUGGACCCUUCGUAACUUAGGAGUCAAGACGGAUGAACUUGGCAAGGCUACAGCCGUAGCACCGCAAAUUCGGAUACCACCUUCUGUGAGUGAAUCAUCACCGUUACCACGUACGAAAUCGGUAUCAACGACAACAGCGAAUGCUGCUGGCUCGCCUAGAAGUGAAAGGUUCGAGCGGGUAGCUCGUCCUACGAGUGUCGAUGGCCGUUCAUCGCUUCCAUUGCCACCACCAUCACCAUCAGAUAAACCCGACAUGACUACUAGUGCAGCCGCCGCUGCCGCUGCCGCUACCGUUGUGCUUUCUUGAAGACACUUCUUCUCCUCGGUUUUUUAAUCUUCUUCUUCUACUACUAUACUACCUAUUAUUACCUAAAUUUACUAUAUGACCCUUGUCUCCUUUCUUUUAUUCCCUUCUUUCUUACCGCUGUACGUAUUUUCUCUUGUCAUGUGACAUACAACACACCCACGAUCCAUCAUCCACUCACACUACGACACACACCAUUAUUAAAGCUGAUAUUAAGCCGUUUUGAUUUGUUUCUACACAAAAAACUACGCUUAUCAUAAAAUUAAUUAGUACUAU